CACUUCGGGGAGUGCUUGCUUUGAAUUAUCAGAGAUGAAAUAGAUUGAAUAAGAAGAACUCUACCUUUUUGCUCUGUCCCUCCCUUACACCUCUUCUCAUUUUCCCUCCCUCUCACCCUCCCUCUUUCUCUCUCCUUUCUUUCUUUUCCACAUUACCAGGGGGUGGUGUGUGAUUGACGGAUGGGAACGAAUAAUUUUUCUCGUAACCUAAGGCCAUCCUCUGUGAUUGGCUUGCCAGCUGACAUCUCCAAACCUCGCUCGUCUUCUUUUUUCCCCCCUUUAAUAUUGGGCCUGUGGAUGAGGCAUCCUGAGGGAGAGAAAAAAGUGGAGAGAAAAACAUAUCUACCUUAGGAAAGAACCUCAUAGAGAGGGAGGGAAGGAGAGGACGGGUAGGAGCGUGUGUGUGUGUGUGUGUGUGUGUGUGUGUGUGCGUUUGUAUAUGUGUGAGAGAGAGAGAGACACUUACUCUCCUAACUACUAGGAGACAGACACAUUUUCCUGUCCAGACUCAAAGAAGGGGGAAAACAGGAGGAAGUUUUUUUUUUUUUUGCUUCAAUUUGAUUUCAAUUUUCCCGUCCCUCAACAAUCAAGCUUUUCCUAAAGCUUCUCCUCCAGGAAGUCUGUUCUUCAUUCCCAAUUGGAAAUUCUAUGUAUUGAUCCAUUUCCACUCUACCACCACAAGGCAUACCUCAUGGAUUUGUUCCUGAUUGGAUAUAUGAUGUGUGUGUGGUUGUCCAGCUGGCGGGUGCUUGGAGGCUAUCCCAUCUGGUGGUCCCUAGCCCUGGGGCAGCAGUACUCGUCUCUGGGCUCCCAACCCAUUCUGUGCGGCUCCAUCCCUGGCCUGGUGCCCAAGCAGCUGCGCUUCUGUCGCAACUACAUCGAGAUCAUGCCCAGCGUGGCCGAGGGCGUGAAGCUGGGCAUCCAGGAGUGCCAGCACCAGUUCAGGGGCCGGCGUUGGAACUGUACCACCAUCAAGGACAACCUAGCCAUCUUUGGCCCUGUGCUGGACAAGGCGACCAGAGAGUCGGCGUUCGUCCACGCCGUCGCCUCAGCGGGGGUGGCGUUUGCUGUGACUCGGUCCUGCGCCGAGGGCACGUCCACCAUGUGUGGCUGUGACUCCCACCACAAGGGUCCCCCGGGGGAGGGCUGGAAGUGGGGCGGCUGCAGCGAGGACGCCGAGUUCGGGGUGCUGGUGUCCAGAGAGUUUGCCGAUGCCAGAGAGAACCGCCCCGACGCGCGCUCGGCUAUGAAUCGGCACAACAACGAAGCAGGACGCACGACCAUCCUGGACCACAUGCACCUGCGCUGCAAAUGCCAUGGCCUGUCGGGCAGCUGCGAGGUGAAAACAUGCUGGUGGGCGCAGCCCGACUUCCGCAUGCUGGGCGACUACCUGAAGGACAAGUACGACAGCGCCUCGGAGAUGGUGGUGGAGAAGCACCGCGAGUCGCGCGGCUGGGUGGAGACGCUGCGCGCCAAGUACGCCUUCUUCAAGCACCCCACGGAGCGCGACCUGGUCUACUACGAGGGCUCGCCCAACUUCUGCGAGCCCAACCCGGAGACGGGCUCAUUCGGCACGCGCGACCGCGCCUGCAAUGUUUCCUCGCACGGCAUCGAGGGCUGCGACCUGCUCUGCUGCGGCAGGGGCCACAACACUCGGACUGAGAAGCGCAAGGAGAAGUGCCACUGCAUCUUCCACUGGUGCUGCUACGUCAGCUGCCAGGAGUGUGUGCGCGUCUACGACGUGCACACGUGCAAGUGAAAGCCUUGUGCGCUCGCUCGGACAGAAUGAUGGACCACAGCGGCCAUCGCAGUCACACUGCAGUCAUCGCAUGCAUACAGACUUAAGUACAGACAGACACCAAUGGGGAGUGGCAUUUCUGGGGAGUGGCAUUUCUGUACUAGAACUCCAUACUCCUUGUGAUAAAAAUGUCCCUCAUAUCCUUCUUCCAAGCCCUGCAUCCUCCAUAUGGGAAAGCCCAUUUCCAUUGGAACAAGCUCAGUCAGUUUGACCAGUUCACAUUCCUGCAGCAUUGGGCCAUGACCCCUUCUUUAUUUAUUGCUAUCGAAUGGACAUCCUUUUUAACUAACACCUGAUUUCACCAGUCAAUCACCUGGCUGGUGGACUAUUGUGAACGAAAGCAGUUCCCCAACGUCACUCGUCAAUCCAAACCGUACUGAACACACGGCGGCAGCCCAGGAACCUACCACUUUUAACUACUGAGCGGGCUGUUACUGGACCCUGCCCUUCUAAACUAAGCUACUGAGCGGAUGAAAUCUCCACUUUCUCAACCCCUGUACUGGUACUGUACUGCAGCAGUCACCUAGAUGAGACGCCUGGAAGAUGUGCUAGAGCGUGAUUUUAUAGCCCCACAUUUCUGAAAUAUUAGCAAUGGGCCGGGACUGGAGGUGGUAUGCAGGAAGGGACAUGUGCACGAACCAAACAUGCUUGUUUCCACUCACGGACAUUUCUGCACAUGUAUGCACUAUUCAGCUGUACACGAACUGUCUGGAGGAGGUGAAACUUUAGCAAUUGUUAUUUAUGAGAGCAAAUGCAUUCUUCUUGUUGAUCUCAAGAUCAGAUACACUUUUCUGGAAUUUCCCUUUACAGUCCAGGAAAUUAUAACGAUAUGUCAUAGAGAAGAAAACGUUCACGACAAACAACAGGUAGAGGGUUCAGGUUUAAGAGGUCGUACGUCAUUGGAUUAACAUUGAAUUCAUGGAUCACCAGGUCAUUUUGCACUCGCAAUAGGCCCAAUGCUAAUGAAUAAUUAUACUAAUAGCGGGUCAUACUACGACAAUGAGAUUAUAAUUGUAUCGAACACUCGGACGGUCCAUUUCAUUAGGUUCCUGAUAGUGCUGUGAGGUCCUUGUUCUAAGCGAAACUCUGCUCACCAGUGAAAGGUGAUGACAAGUGGAGAAAGCAGAAAGUGUCAAGUCAUCAAUAACCCCCUUUCCUCAUCUCCUUCCCUUAAUUGCCAGUGAUGUGAAACGUCUUGACAAUAGAAGCAAUAUGUUGGAAACUUGUUCAGAGACGACGUGUCUGUGGGAGACAAAUGGAGGAGACGAGGGUAAGAAGGUUAUGUAAGACUAUUGGGAUACAGCUGAUGUGCUGACUGCCAGUGACAGGGGUGUAAGGGUUAGGGAUGGCAGGCACGUGGGAUAGAGGUUUCCACACAACAUGUUCUGACAGUGCUACGUGCUUCCUAUUAAUUAUAUUUAACAAAAAUACAAUUUACCCCAGGUAGUAUAGGCUCCUCUCUGUGACAUACGGCAGUUUAGCAACUGCAUCACCCUCUAAAAAGCCCUCCCUACCAGGGCACUUUGUCGUUCCUUCCUUUCCUGCCCGCUAUAUCCAAAGUUUUGUACAAAGGUUUUAAAGUUAAUAAUUCCCUUUUUAUUUUAUAAUCUGAAAAUGUUAUGUUUUUAUAAAUAUUAUUUAUUAUACAAUGUGUAUAUAUCUGAACUAAGAUUAUAUAUUUGAAGAACAAAUUACUGUCUCAUGCUUUUGCUUCUUAGCCAGAGGUACUUUUCUAAUCAUUUCAGUUUGUAAGCAUCGAUUCCUCUACAUUUCCUUACCAAAUCAUGUAUAUAGACAUUGCACAUAACACUUUUGAACUCAUUUUUAAAUGGCAAGCUGCGAUGGUGUUCCAAACUGUGAUAGACAGUUAUCCAUGCUUAAUAAAUAGUCCGAUCCUCACUAUAACUCAAAAUAAUGUCUCAAUCUGCUCUAGAACUCUGUGAAACGUCUGCAAUUUGUCUCGAUCAAGUCCAUUUCUCCCUGAUAAAAUCUAUAGGUGAAUGACAAGUGCAUCUGCAUCAAUCAAUAAUACACACACACACACACACACACACACUUAGAAAAGUACUGUACGAAAUGUUCAUGUGUCCAAUUUUAUUGCGAUAAUACAAUUGCAACUUGUCAUAAGUUUUACAGCGUUCAAGACUUCAUUACAAAUAGAUUUAGAGAAAAAAAAGCACACUGGUCACUGCAAAUAAUGUAUACAUCUGGUUGAUAUAUCCAUACAUUUACACUUGAAUUGUGUUUAUCUGAAACAAACCUGCAUAGUGUACUUCUGUAAAUAAAUGGCAGUGUGUUAGGCAUGCACACGGAUGGGGGACGGGGGGAGGCGAGUUAUAAUGUCGGGCAUAUAGCCUUUA